UAAAAUAUGACGCCAAAAACAUAAAGUGUUGAAAGUUUUGAGCGACUAAUGAAAAGAAAACAAAACUAAGGGACAGGACUCAAUUGUCAGAAUCCCUAAUGUUCGAGGCCAUUAGCAAUCGCUCAAAUUUUUCUCAGAACCAAACCUUCUUCUUGUUCAAACUUGAUGCUUUGAGCUAAGGUCUUGUACUAAGCUUCGCACAUUCUCUUCUGUCUGAAUCACUUGCGUUGGUUUUUGCAUGUUGAAGAAUGAUGUCUGGUGAUGGUGAUGAUGAUGAUGAUGAACUUUCCUCUGGCGGCUCUGGAGACGAAGUACACGUCAUUAACGGACACAACAAGCGUAUUCCGACAGCACCUUCUGGUGGUUCUGGACCGUCUCGCAGGAGAAACCGCAAGGCUGGUGGUGUUGCCAUAGUUGAAGCCAUGCUAGAACUCGCAGCAGCUUCCAAAAUGAGAGCAGCAGCUUUGACUAAGAAGAACGGAGACAACUUACAAGAUUCCUCCACUAGUAGCAUCGAUUUAGACUUAGAACUAGAUGAGAUGGAGCUAGUUGCUGCAGCUGCUGGUUACUUAUACUACCAAAGUCUAGUAAACCAACCUCCGGGAACUUCGCCUUCUACAAGAGGUACAUAUUUAAAAGACUUGCUUCAAGGACCUGUUGAAGAUUGCAGGGAAGUGCUUCGGAUGGAUAAACGUCUGUUUCACAAACUAUCCGACACUUUUAGAGAGCAAGGACUGCUGAGAGAUACCAUCACUGUUCUGGUGGAAGAGCAGGUUGCUAUAUUCUUAAGCAUUAUAGGUCAUAAUCAGCGAAUCAGAGUUAUACAAGAGAGGUUCCACCUCUCUUGUGAAACCAUUAGCCGCCAUUUCAACAAUGUGUUGAUAGGGAGGGUCAGAAACUAUAACGACACAAAGGCUGAGACUAAGGAUGGGCAUGCUCACUUGGCUUGGAAAGAGUAG